AUGUCACAAUAUUCUGAGAAAAAAGACAAUACACCGUACUGUCACACACGGAAAAGGGAGGCCCUCAGCAGGAGGAGGAGACAGGCUGUGGCCCUCAGGAGGAGGAGGAGACAGGCCGUGGCCCUCAGCAGCAGGAAGAGACAGGGUGUGGCCCUCAGCCGGAGGAGGAGACAGGCUGUGGCCCUCAGCAGGAGGAGGAGACAGGCUGUGGCCCUCAGCAGGAAGAGGAGACAGGCCGUGGCCCUCAGCAGCAGGAGGAGACAGGCUGUGGCCCUCAGCAAGAGGAGGAGACAGGCUGUGGCCCUCAGCAGGAGGAGGAGACAGGCCGUGGCCCUCAGCAGCAGGAGGAGACAGGCUGUGGCCCUCAGCAGGAGGAGGAGACAGGCUGUGGCCCUCAGCAGGAGGAGGAGACAGGCUGUGGCCCUCAGCAGGAGGCUUUAA